AUGGCGAACAAGCCCAGUGCAAGGGCAGCAUGGGAGGACCUCAGGAUAGCCAAUCUCGGCAUCGAGAGGGUGCGCCGAGCCAAGGUGCACACGCUUCGUAGGGAAUUCAACUCCCUGUCAUUCAAGGAUGGUGAGACAAUCGACGACUUCUCCGUUCGCAUCAACGGGGUGGUGCAGCAACUGAGAACUCUCGGCGACGAGAUCGACAAGACUCUCCUCGACAUGGAGGAAGUCCCGGUUGAAGACCUGGUCAGCCGCCUCAAGGUCACAGAGGAGCAGCAGGGGCUCACCGGUGGCGGUGCUAGCCUCACGCAGCUGAAUCUCAUGGAGGAUGAGCUGGUGGCAUGGCUAUCAAGGAAGAUGCAGAUCAACACCGACAAGGGCAAGAAGGAACAUUGGGCCCGUGAGUGCCUAAAGCAGAAACAUGAUGGGCAGGUGCUUGCAGCCCAAGUCAAAGAAGAGCAGAAGCCCAUGUUGCUGCUCAAGGAGAAGAGCGACGGUGACACCACAAGAUGGAUCCUCAACACGGGCGCGACGAACCAUAUGAUGAGUGCCAGAUCUGCUUUCGCGGAACUCAAUUCGAGGGUCCGCAGAGCCAUUCGCUUCGAGGAUGGAUCCACCAUUGACAUCAAGGGCCGCGGGACGGUACUGGUCAAGUGCAAGAUUGGCAAGCACCAGAAGCUCACUGGGGUGUACCACAUCCCUAGCCUGAUGGCGAACAUCAUCAGCCUGGGCCAGCUGGAGGAAGAAGGCUUCAAGAUCCUGCUGGAGAAGGGCGCGUUGAAGAUUUGGGAUCCGGAGCGGCGGCUCAUGGCGGUGGUGCCACGCGGGAUGAGCCGCACACACUGA